GGUGCCCCCCCGCCGGCGCCGCCCGGUGGGUCCGGGAUCUGCGGCUCUGUCCCGCCUCACCCCAUCUCCCGGACCCCGGCCGCGCCUUGUCUUUCCUCCCCUCCCCCCGGGCGUGGAGAACGCAGCUUCUCCCACAAAAGCCGCCGCCUCCGGGCCUGCAGAGCCUGGCGCUGCUGCCUUCCUCCCACGGCAAGGCCCUGGCGGCCGGUGCCCCGGGGCGCUGGGGUGGGCCAGGCCAGAGAGCGGGCUCAAGGCGCCAGCCUGGGCCCUGGCACGCGCGCUCCCCGGGAGCCCUUGCUGCCUUCGCCGCAGGGGAGGCUGGGCUGGAAAUGGGGAGGGGGCGACGAAGGGUGCGGGCCGGCCUAGGAGCUGAGCUAAUCCUCCUAGCUCUAGGGUACGGCCUAAGCGGCUUUGUGGCCGGCCCCGAGGUUACCGAGCCUGGGCUGGAGCCGGGCUCUCCGCCCAAACCUGGCGUAGCCGAAGCCGGAGAGGAUCGUCCUUGUCGGGGAACGGAGCUUUUCCCUGGAAAUGGAGGUUGGCGCAAGGUUCCUGCAACAGCCGGGCCUGGGCACUCUGCAGAACUGGUUUGGGCAAGGGGCUGCUCACCAGGGCUAGAGGUCGGAUUCAGUCCAGAUUCAGCACCCUUUGUCCUCCUCUCCAGGGUGAGGCCUGAGUCCGGCCUCCCCUACAGACCCUCCCCAGCCAGUUCUAACGUGUGUCCAGGCUGGCCGCCCCAGCACCUACUGUGCGCAGCCUCAUGUAACAAUCCUUGUGCCCUGGCUGCAGUCUGCGGGGCCGCGCCCUGGGCCUGCCGCGUUCGGCCAACGCACAGCAUCUGAGGAGGGUUAUGACCAUCUGGCAUAUGCAGAAACAGGCCCAGAGAGGUUAGUAGUAUUCUCAAGGUCACACAGCUGGUUUGGGAGAAGCGAGGAUUAGAUCUGAGUCCUUGCCCCUGCGACACCCACCUCCGUGGUAUUGGAGGGAGGAGAUGGAUGAUAAUUGGGGGCUGAGGUACAAAAUACUCCAGCGGGACAAGGAGGACUGGCAUAGCUCCUUCUUCCACCCCCCUCUCCGGCUUGGGUCCUGUGACUGCGGCGGGAGAGAGGAGCAAGGGAGCCCCGCGCGGACUCACUCUAUGAUGUCCCUGUCGGUGCGGCCGCAGCGCCGCCUGCUCAGCGCCCGGGUCAGUAGGAGCCAGUCCUUCGCAGGCGUCCUCGGCAGCCACGAGCGGGGGCCCAGGAGUUUCCCGGUCUUCAGCCCGCCGGGGCCCCCACGGAAGCCCCCCGCGCUCUCCCGAGUGUCCAGGAUGUUUUCCGUGGCUCACCCAGCCGCCAAGGUGCCGCAGCCCGAGCGGCUGGACCUGGUGUACACGGCGCUGAAGCGGGGCCUGACGGCCUACUUGGAAGUGCACCAGCAGGAGCAAGAGAAACUCCAGGGGCAGAUAAGGGAGUCCAAGAGGAAUUCCCGCUUGGGCUUCCUGUAUGAUCUGGACAAGCAAGUCAAGUCCAUUGAACGCUUCCUGCGACGACUGGAGUUCCAUGCCAGCAAGAUCGAUGAGCUGUAUGAGGCAUACUGUGUCCAGCGGCGUCUCCGGGAUGGUGCCUACAACAUGGUCCGUGCCUACACCACUGGGUCCCCGGGAAGCCGAGAGGCCCGGGACAGCCUGGCAGAGGCCACUCGGGGGCAUCGCGAGUACACGGAGAGCAUGUGUCUGCUGGAGAGCGAGCUGGAGGCACAGCUGGGCGAGUUUCAUCUCCGAAUGAAAGGGCUGGCUGGCUUCGCCAGGCUGUGUGUGGGCGAUCAGUAUGAGAUCUGCAUGAAAUAUGGGCGUCAGCGCUGGAAACUACGAGGCCGAAUUGAGGGUAGUGGAAAGCAGGUGUGGGACAGUGAAGAAACCAUCUUUCUCCCUCUGCUCACGGAAUUUCUGUCUAUUAAGGUGACAGAACUGAAGGGCCUGGCCAACCAUGUGGUUGUGGGCAGUGUCUCCUGUGAGACCAAGGACCUGUUUGCCGCCCUGCCCCAGGUUGUGGCUGUGGAUAUCAAUGACCUUGGUACCAUCAAGCUCAGCCUGGAAGUCACAUGGAGCCCCUUCGACAAGGAUGACCAGCCCUCAGCUGCUUCUUCUGUCAACAAGGCCUCCACAGUCACCAAGCGCUUCUCCACCUAUAGCCAGAGCCCACCGGACACACCCUCACUUCGGGAACAGGCUUUCUAUAACAUGCUGCGACGGCAGGAGGAGCUGGAGAAUGGGACAGCAUGGUCCCUGUCAUCCGAAUCUUCAGACGACUCAUCCAGCCCACAGCUCUCAGGCACUGCCCGCCACUCAUCAGCCCCUAGGCCCCUGGUGCAGCAGCCCGAGCCCCUUCCCAUCCAAGUUGCCUUCCGUAGGCCUGAGACCCCCAGCUCUGGGCCCUUGGAUGAGGAGGGGGCCGUGGCCCCAGUCCUGGCAAAUGGGCAUGCACCCUACAGUCGGACUCUGAGCCACAUCAGUGAGGCUAGUGUAGACGCUGCCUUGGCUGAGGCUUCAGUGGAGGCCGUUGGCCCAGAAAGCCUAGCCUGGGGACCUAGCCCACCUACACACCCAGCUCCCACCCAUAGAGAGCACCCCAGUCCUGUUCCUCCUGCCCUGGACCCUGGCCACUCUGCCACAAGCUCCACCCUCAGUACAACAGGCUCUGUCCCCACAUCUACAGACCCUGCCCCAACUGCACACCUAGACUCAGUUCAUAAGUCCACAGACUCUGGCCCUUCAGAACUGCCAGGCCCCACUCACACCACUACAGGCUCUACCUAUAGUGCCAUUACCACUACCCACAGUGCUCCAAGCCCCCUCACUCACACUACUACAGGCUCCACCCACAAGCCCAUAAUCUCUACCCUUACUACUACAGGCCCUCCCCUCAAUAUCAUAGGCCCAGUCCAGACUACCACAAGCCCCACCCACACUAUGCCAAGCCCUACCCAUACCACAGCAAGCCCCACUCAUACUUCCACAAGCCCCACCCAUACCCCCACAAGCCCCACCCACACCCCCACAAGCCCCACCCAUACCCCCACAAGUCCCACCCACAAAACCAGUAUGUCACCUCCCACCACUACAAGUCCUACCCCCAGUGGUAUGGGCCUAGUCCAGACUGCCACAAGUCCCACCCAUCCUCCCACAAGCCCCACCCAUCCCACCACAAGCCCCAUCCUUAUAAAUGUAAGCCCUUCCACUUCUCUAGAACUUGCUACCCUCUCCAGCCCCUCCAAACACUCAGACCCCACCCUCCCAGGCACUGACUCCCUUCCCUGUAGUCCCCCAGUCUCCGGUUCCUACACUCAGGCAGACCCUAUGGCCCCCAGAACUCCCCACCCAAGUCCUGCCCAUUCCAGUAGGAAACCCCUCACAAGCCCUGCCCCAGAUCCCCCAGAGUCUACGGUUCAGAGUCUAAGCCCCACUCCCUCACCCCCAACCCCUGCACCCCAGCAUUCAGACCUUAGCCUGGCCAUGGCUGUCCAGACCCCAGUCCCAACGGCAGCCGGAGGGUCUGGGGACAGGAGCCUGGAGGAGGCACUGGGGGCCCUAAUGGCUGCCCUGGAUGACUACCGUGGCCAGUUUCCUGAGCUGCAGGGCCUGGAGCAGGAGGUGACCCGCCUAGAGAGUCUGCUCAUGCAGAGACAAGGUCUGACUCGCAGCCGGGCCUCCAGUCUCAGCAUCACUGUGGAGCAUGCCUUGGAGAGCUUCAGCUUCCUCAAUGAAGACGAAGAUGAAGACAAUGAUGUUCCUGGGGACAGGCCUCCAAGCAGCCCGGAGGCUGGGGCUGAGGACAGCAUAGACUCACCCAGUGCCCGCCCCCUCAGCACGGGGUGUCCAGCUCUGGAUGCUGCCUUGGUCCGGCACCUGUACCACUGCAGUCGCCUCCUGCUGAAACUGGGCACAUUUGGGCCCCUGCGCUGCCAGGAGGCAUGGGCCCUGGAGCGGCUGCUGCGGGAAGCCCGAGUACUGGAAGCAGUAUGCGAGUUCAGCAGGCGGUGGGAGAUCCCGGCCAGCUCUGCCCAGGAAGUGGUGCAGUUCUCGGCCUCUCGGCCUGGCUUCCUGACCUUCUGGGACCAGUGCACGGAGAGACUCAGCUGCUUCCUCUGCCCGGUGGAGCGGGUGCUUCUCAUCUUCUGCAACCAGUAUGGUGCCCGCCUCUCCCUGCGCCAGCCAGGCUUGGCUGAGGCUGUGUGUGUGAAGUUCCUGGAGGAUGCCCUGGGGCAGAAGCUGCCCAGAAGGCCCCAGCCAGGGCCUGGAGAGCAGCUCACGGUCUUCCAAUUCUGGAGUUUUGUGGAAACCUUGGACAGCCCCACCAUGGAGGCCUACGUGACUGAGACCGCUGAGGAGGUGCUACUGGUGCGGAAUCUGAACUCGGAUGAUCAGGCUGUUGUGCUGAAGGCCCUGAGAUUGGCGCCCGAGGGGCGUCUGCGAAGGGACGGGCUGCGGGCCCUCAGCUCUCUGCUCGUCCAUGGCAACAACAAGGUCAUGGCUGCUGUCAGCACCCAGCUCCGGAGCCUGUCACUGGGCCCUACCUUCCGGGAGAGGGCCCUCCUGUGCUUCCUGGACCAGCUGGAGGAUGAGGACGUGCAGACUCGAGUGGCUGGCUGCCUGGCCCUAGGCUGCAUCAAGGCUCCUGAGGGCAUUGAGCCCCUGGUGUACCUCUGCCAAACUGACACAGAAGCUGUGAGGGAAGCUGCCCGGCAAAGCCUACAGCAGUGUGGAGAAGAGGGACAGUCUGCCCAUCGACGGCUGGAGGAGUCCCUGGACGCCCUGCCCCGCAUCUUUGGGCCUGGCAGCAUGGCCAGCACAGCAUUCUAAACUAUUCACCCAUGGGUUCCUGGUGCCCCUUUCCCCCCACUUGCAGGGCUCACCAGGCACUGGCAGGGAGGGUAAGGGCUGGCUCCAGAUACCCCUCCCCCACAGAUUCCUAGCAAUGAAAAUCUAAUAUAUUCUUCUGUUGCCCCUGGGGUUGGAGAGUCAGUGCCUGCAGUCAAGUGCCUCCCAGCCUCGGCUCAGCACAUCCCUUGCCACAAAUCAGUGUCUGGGGCUUGGCCACCCUGCCGCUGCCCAGCCACAUCCCUUGGUUUUGUAUUUUAUUUACAGAGUUUUACAGAAAAUAAAAAAGCAAAAUGUCUUUCCUA